UGGCAAAAUAAAACCAAACAGCUGGGACCCAGUGAGUACACACUUUUUUGUACACCGAUAAAAGCUAUCGGCCGCCGCCCACCUCUAGGAACGUUGGUGCGCAUUAAAAUUAAAUAAUUAAAAAACGCUGUUUUUAGGCCAAAAAAGGAAGAGGUCAUUGAAAACCCCUGGCAAAGCCACUUCCAGCGAAACCCAACUGGCAACCAAAACACGUGCCAAAACAAACGUUUAUUUUUGGAUUUAAAGAGCAAUCUAAACAAAAGCCAGCAAGAUGGGAAUGGUAACGAAGCGCAAGAAGAUGCACUAUGGGGACACCCACCUGCAGAGGCGGUGGCGCGUGCGGAACCGCCGGCGUGACCUCGACCAGAUCGACGACGACCUGCGCACCCGCAGCGGGGAGCUCAUCAACCAGAACGUGGACCUGGACAAGCCGGGGUUCGCCCAGUUCUACUGCGUCCACUGUGCCAAGUACUUCAUCGACGACACCGCCAUGCAGGCGCACUUCCGCACCAAGGUGCACAAGCGGCGGCUCAAGGCGCUGGAGAUCGAGCCCUACAGCAUCGAGGAGGCGGAGCGCGCAGCGGGACGUGGCAGCUUCGUGAAGCCCAAGAAGCGGGCCAUGGAAACGCAGCCGUCCAAGGAGGACGUGGUGGCCGGCAAAAGGAUCCGGGUGGAGGAGGUGCCAGAGGACGCAGCGGCCACUGACUCGCCCUCCACGUCCAAAACGAAGCGCAAGAAAGCCGAGAAAAUGGAGACAUAGCCGGGGUACUGAUCUAGCUUAGUUUUUAAGGCUUGGUUUCUUGUAAUUGCUUCUCCUAUAAAUACAUUUUUUUCCACACAAA